GUCUCUUUGUAUUUGCCUGUAACUGGUGGUGCAGCGUGUGGCUCUACUUAAAUAUCAGAGACCUAGCCUACAAUGACCUACAUUUCUUUGUCCAUAUCCUCUUUGUAAACAUUGAAACUUCAAGCUCCUUCUAAUGUUCGAGUCAACCGAAAAGAAGCGCACGCCAAACAAUGGCCAAGGUCAGGGCACCGGCGCCAACUCUCCGAGCAGCUCUUCAACCCACUCGGGCGAUACCACCGACUCCGCCCGCUCGGCGACUCGACGCAAUGCCGACGACGCUGCCCUUGAUCGGUGUUCUACACAUCACUCGAUGGGGCCGGAUAUGCCGGUUGAAACGAUAAGCUCCGUCGUUGAAGUCCCCGACGAAGUAUACGACCGGCUACCACCACACCGGAAACUAAUCAUUGUUUGCUUGCUGUCGUUCUGCUCACUCUUAGCACCGAUUUCUAGCACUACCGUACUAGCCGCAACACCAGAGGUCGCAGCUGAAUUCGAUACUACCGGGUCCAUCAUCAACCUCGUCAACGCCCUAUACAUGCUUUUCAUGGGAAUCUCGCCUAUAUUUUGGGGCCCUUUGAGUCAGGUGUAUGGUAGGAGGCCGAUUACCCUUAUAACAGCUGUGGGGUUCCUUGCCUGUAGCAUAGGCACUGCACUGUCCCCAAACCUAGGGGCUUUCUGGGCAUUCCGUCUCCUCACUGCAUUCGAAGGCACGUCAUUCAUCUUGGUCGGUGCCUCUGUCAUUGGUGACAUAUACCGCCCAACGGAAAGGGGGACAGCCACCGGCGUGUUCAUGGGAGGCACACUCAUUGGCCCGGCCAUUGGGCCGGUGUGUGGUGGUGUCAUUGUGACUUACGCAUCGUGGCGGGCGAUCUUCUGGCUACAGACGGGGCUAGCAGGAGUUGCGUUAGUUGGGUCAUACUUUCUGCUGCCCGAGACUAUUUACCACAAGAAAAUCGACGAUUUGGUGGGCUACAGUGGCACGGCAAAGGUGAAUGUUCUACUCGGCAUGAUCAACCCUUGGCGCGUAAUACAAUUGUGGGAGUAUCCAAACUUGCUUCUCACGGGCCUGGCGAGCGCGUCCUUGGUAUGGAACAUGUACUCACUGCUUACGCCCAUCCGCUACGUGUUGAAUCCUAGAUUUCACCUCACGACGCCGCUGCAGGGUGGCCUGUUCUACCUCGCUCCCGGAUGUGGAUAUCUCCUUGGCACAUUCGUCGGGGGACGGUACGCCGACCACAUUGUUAAGAAAUACAUCAAGAAGCGCGGGAUUCGCAUACCCGAAGACCGACUGUAUUCCGCCCUACCCUUCACGGGUAUCGUCAUCCCCACCUGUGUCCUGAUAUACGGCUGGUGCGUGGAGAAGAACGUUGGCGGCAUCCCGCUGACAGUCGUGGCUCUGUUCCUGCAAGGCAUAGCGCAACUAUUUGCCUUCCCGUCGCUCAACACGUACUGCCUAGACGUGAUGCCGGGCCAUGGGGCAGAGGUGAUUGCGGGGAACUACGCAAUACGCUACUUGCUCGCCUGCGCCGGUAUGGCCGUGGUUCUCCCGGCUAUCGACGGCAUCGGCGUAGGCUGGUUCUCGACCGUCAGCGCGCUGUUCGUCUUCUCGGGCGCAGUCUGCACGUACGCGUCCAUCCGGUGGGGCAGGAAAUGGCGACGCAAUAUAGACGCCAAGAGAAGAAAAAGGACGGCAAGGAGGAGGAUGAGGAUGCAGGAGAAGCACGAUGGAGAUCUGGCCGGUGACGAUACCGCGCGCGAUCACCCGCAGAACACUACUGCGAUGGAGGAGGGUCCGGCUCAUGCCGCCACCCAGGGAGAAAGAGGGCUGACGACGCCUGGGGCUCGGGAAAAGGAAGAAGAGGUCUGACGCGAUGCGUGUCCUCUCUUUCUCUUUCCCUUUUCCUCUCCCCCUCGCUCGGCAUACAUACAUGCAUACUAGGGCGGUAGGCAUACGUAGGCGCAAGCCAACGAAAUCGAAAUCCCGCAAAUAGAGUUUCCCAGGAAAGAAAGUAGGGAAACUCUUUCGGGGAUGCUCGAGCCCAG